AUGGGUAUCCAAUAUCUUUUUGGUUUUGUGGAAUUGAACAUUGAUGAACACAUGACUUUACCAGACUAUGCUGCCAAUUUGUAUUGGUUCAAAGAAGGCACACACGUCUUGCCUGAAAAUAUUGUAAUUUCUGAAGAUGGCCAUCAGCUCCUGAUUGAAUCUUUUGAAGAAGUAGACUAUGGUAUAAUUACUUGUGUUGUGUACAGUGAAGAGAAUUAUUUCAUUGGUAAACGAAGAUUUCAACUUGGUAGAGAGAUCGAAAUCUUUACGUUAUCACCAGUUAAUCCACGGGAAAUAUAUCGCUCCAUUGGCUCAACUGUCAGUUUUGAAGUUCGAAUUGUUGGAUUUUUUGAUCCUGAUGAUAUCAAAUGGCAUAAAGGAUUGUCAGUUAUAGAUGGGGAGGAAAACAGCAGAGUUGAGUUAACUAACGAUGCUCAGAAUCUCACAAUUUCUCAUAUUGUGAAGAAAGAUUAUGGUAGUUACACCUGUAGUUUAUUAAAUAGUGACUCCAUGGAAGUCAAAGUAGAGUUUCAGUUAGCACAGCCAGUGUUUGACCACUAUGAUGACAUAGCACAUUACUGGGAUUUUGAGAUGAUUAGAAACCAAGACGACAAGGUUGUUUAUCUUGAUAAGAUUACUCACAAGAUGAGUGAAGGAUCAUGUGCUAGGGGAGGAGAGGGUGUUGUUGGGAAUAGUGUCCAUUUGAAUACUCAAGAAAAUUGUAAAGGUUAUCUAAAGAUUGUUGAGAAUGAGCUUUCUGAAGAAUGUUUUACAGAACCUGACAACUGCAUGGAUGGGUUUUCUUUCUCACUGUGGGUUAACUUGAUUUCCACAACAUCACCAGGGCAAGCAUUUCUGAUUUGUUCCAAACCGAGAGGACUGUGUGGUACAUGUCAAUCAUCGUCUAAUACAUUUACAUGCUCCAUGACACUGACAACAAUUGAUAUGAAGUGGGAUGUGCCACGAUUUGAACUGAGUAAAAAUACUUGGCAUAAUAUUCUUGUGAGCUGGGAUCCAAUUGGUGAGAUGAGAGUCUACCUAGAUGCCAAUGUAGAAGGUUCCGUCUUUCCAACAGAAUCUGAACGGGGCAGCUAUGAUGAUUCUGCACAUGUUGUAUACCUUGGAAGUGAUGACACAGAGCAGCCGGCAACACAUCUAAUCGGGCUCUUUGAUGAAUUUGUCAUCUGGUAUCAAAGAGUUAUUUCACAAAAAGAAGUGGCAACAAUGUUCCUGCAAGUCAGGGGUAUGGGCCCGUACAGUUUAGAUGAAGACGUCACCUACGUUUUCACAGUUGAACAGUUGGAUGAAAUGUUAACAUUCUUUUGUCCAUUUGAUAUACCAAGAAUAUUUCGAUCGCAUCUUUACUGGGUGCAGAACAACGAGAUUUUAGCUGAAUACAGAGGAAGAACCAUUAUAAGAAUGUCUGCUGAGUCUGUCUCUGUGCAUAAUGUCACAUGUCAGUAUUUUAGCGGAAGUCACCUGAUAUCGUCAGAUGCGUUUACUGCCAAGUUGAAUGGGGAUGAGGAUACAGGGAUUAGUUUUCAUGCCAAGGUUGACAGCGCUGAAGAAAUGGAACACGAGGACAGAGAACAUGACAAGCAGAUUUUGGAUCAUAUGGCAAAUGCCCAACCGAAUGAGAACCUGGAUAUCUACUAUGAAAUCCCAUGUGCAAGUUACCCAUGUCAGAAUGGUGGAACAUGUGAAAUCAUAGACCAUAGAUACCUGGUAGGAGAGGAAGAAAAACAUGAUUAUUCUUACAAAUGUCUUUGUGUGGAUGGAUUUCUUGGAAUAAACUGUCAACGAGUGAGAUCUGCAUGUGAUGUUAAUGAUCCUUGCUUUAAUGGACGUUGUGUGCCAGAUGAAGAGAAUGUGAAACCAACAUGUUUUUGUUUACCUGGUUACCAAGGAGACACCUGUAAUGAAGCUGAGGAAGUCAAAAUCAAAUUACAAGAUCCAAGUGUAUGCACGCAAUAUAUGGAAGGUAGUAAAAAAUGCAGAAUAGUGACAAAUGAUAUUGGUAGUUGUGACGUUGAAAUAGAAGUCGUUGUCACGGGACACUACAUGACACAGCAGAUUAAAUGGUUUCAUUAUUUUGCUAAGCUGAACAGGACAAGAGUUCAUUCAACACAAGUGAGUAUUUAA